AUGUCGGUGUCCCUGUCCAGCAUCCCCGUCGUGCUGAAGGACAAGAGCUACCAGGCCGGCAUGCUGAAGGGCAGUCCCGCCCGGGGCUUCUACCACGCGCCCCCGCCGGGGCCCCAUCACUUCGUGGACUUCUUCCCGCACACGCACGGCCUCCUGCACCCGCUCAAGUCCCUCGGCCGCCUGGUGUCGGACGCCCACGCGUCCCUGCCGCUCGGCCUGCCCGGCGGCGCCGCGCCGUUCCUCGGCCAGGGCGGCCACCGCAGCGCGGCGCUGCACGAGCACGUGACGCCCUACCUGAGCCAGGUGUUCCCGGGACACCCGCUGUACUGCAAGCCGGAGGAGCUGGCCGCCGUGGUGACGGAGCACGCCGCCGGGCCGCUGUCCUCGGACUUCAGCAGCCCGUCCAGUGAGCGGCCCUGCUCCGCCGCCUCGUGCGCCGCCUCGCCGCCCAAGGAGGGCGCGUUCCGGUUCCGCGCCGCGGACCCGACGCCGGAGAAAAGGCGCGCGUCGUACAACUUCAGCGAGGACGACCUGUUCAUGGUGCUCUACGGUUACUCCGGCGGCCGGGAGCGCAGCGGGGGCCACGCCAUAUCCGGAGUGGCCCUGCGAGAGAACUCGGUUCCUGACUCCCACGUCCUCCCGCUGGACAAAGACACCCUGGAACUUCCGGAGGGUCUGACCCUCCGGCGGGCCGCGUGGGGGAGCGUGUCCCACUGUGGGGUGUUCACGGACAGAGGCGGCAUCUCCAAGGGCGCUCGCUUCGGACCCUUCCAGGGGAAACUCGUCAACACCAGCGAGAUCAAGACGUACGACGACAACACCUUGAUGUGGGAGGUGUUUGAGAACGGCCGGCUGAGUCACUUCGUGGACGGCAGGGGAGGCUCGGGCAACUGGAUGUCCCUGGUGAAGUGCGCGCGCUUCCCGGAGGAGCAGAACAUGAUCGCGGUGCAGGUCCAGGGUCAGAUCUUCUACGAGGCCUGCAAGGAGAUCCGGCCGGGCCAGGAGCUGCUGGUGUGGUACGGGGACUGCUACAUGCAGUUCCUGGGCAUCCCGCUGACCCUGAAGGACCCCAGAGAGGACAGCAGCGCGGUUCCUGCCACCGAAGAUUCCGGAGAGGGCUUCAAGUGCGACAGGUGCGGGAAGGUGUUCGCCUACAAAUACUACAGGGACAAGCACCUGAAGUACACGCGCUGCGUGGACCAGGGCGACCGGAAGUUCCCCUGCCACCUGUGCACCAGGUCGUUCGAGAAGCGGGACCGGCUGAGGAUCCACAUCUUGCACGUCCACGAGAAACACAGGCCCCACAAGUGCUCGGUGUGCGGGAAGAGUUUCUCCCAGUCGUCCAGCCUCAACAAACACAUGCGCGUGCACUCCGGAGAGAGGCCCUACAAGUGUGUCUAUUGUAACAAGGCCUUCACCGCCUCCAGUAUCCUGCGCACGCACAUCCGCCAGCACUCCGGAGAGCGGCCCUUCAAGUGCAAGCACUGCGGGAAGGCCUUCGCGUCGCACGCGGCCCACGACAGCCACGUCCGGCGGACCCACGCCAAGGACAAGCCGCACCCCUGCGACCUGUGCGGGGCCUCGUUCCAGGAGGAGCAGGAGCUCAAGCAGCACGCCAACAGUCACACGAGGAGACAGACGUUGGACAGCCCAGUUCUCCCCUCUCCUCACGUGGACGGUGGCCGACAGGUGGACACAGUGAAGGACAAUACAGCGGCGCAGACAAAAGCGGGACAAACCUUUCCCUAUCCCGGGUUGACCGUUUUAAAUCCCGAGUAUCGGCCCUGGAACUAGUCCGUUCGAGCCAAACCGAUGUGGAAUAGACAAUACUAAUAUUACACGAAAACAAAAACUCUAUACAGGACCAUUGUGUUGAUACCAGGACAGAUACAUGAGUGAAUACAUAAAAGAGGCCUACAGUAAAGUAGGGUUAGGGUCGUCGUUUUGCUGUUUAAGACAAAAGACAAAAAAAAGUUCUAUGAUCGCCUAUUUCAAUAGGCUCAUCCUAAUUUAAAUUGUUGACAGAAAUGUGUCUACAUCUAUUUAUAUGUUUGGAAAAAAAUAUGUUGUGUGUUGUUUUGUGGCUUAAAGCUUUCACUCUGCGAUGGUUUUGUAACACAGUGUGAUUACUGCAGAAUAAUAACAACGUUAAAUAUUAUCAUCAUUAUUAUUAUAAACUACGUUGGGUUUUCUCGCAUCGAACAGCGCUUGAAAAGCAAUUUUUUUUUUUUAAUCAUUGUAUGUGUAAGCCUAUUUGUGUAUAAAAUAAAUGUAAUGUCCUCUCUUAAUUUAUAAAAGUGCGUUGAUAUUU